AUAAUUAUAAAUGGAUUAUUGUAUUCGAAAGACUGAAAUGACUGAUAAUAAAGAAGAUGAUGGUUACUAUCCAUAUUAAAUUAUUAGUUACAUUUGCUAGUUAUGAAUGGGAAAAUAUUAAAGCAACUACUGCAUCAUAAUUGCCUACCUGUCGUAAUUGUCACACUGCUACAACAUUCAAACACUAUAUGAUAAUCUUUGGUGGAAAGGAAGGAGAAGGAAGAAAGAAGUUCUGUAAUGAUAUUCAUAUUUUGGAUUUAAAAAGAUUAAAGUAAUCAAUCAUUUCUAAAAUAGUUGGACAUCCUAAAUUAAAAUAACUGGAUAAAUACCAGAUGUAAGAAUGGGACACAGUGCUUAAAAUUAUUAUGAUAAGAUUAUCUACUAUGGAGGAUGGAAUGGUUAUACAGUAUUAGAUGAUGUUAUAAUGAUGACACCAAGCGAAUAAAUGAAUAUUGUUUGUAUAGAUUGGUAACACAUAAAAUCUGAGAAUACUCCUCCUAAAAGAUAAUUUCAUACAGCAAACAUAUGUGGAGAUUUUAUGUAUAUUUUUGGAGGAGGAGAUGGUAAAAUGUGGUUGAGUGAUCUUUAUAAAUUUGAUCUACUUAAAUGUUUAUGGACAUAAGUAGAAACAACAGGAUAGAAACCUUAAGGUAGAUUAUAACAUAGUUCAGUGAUCUAUGAUCAUAAAAUUUAUAUCUUUGGUGGUGAACCAGAUAGAUCUCAUUAAUUAAAUGAUUUAUAUUAAUUAGAUAUUGAAAACAAUAUAUGGACAAGAUUAUAACCAAAAGGAAGUACACCAUCUCCAAGAGUAAGUGCAUCAGCUGUUAUGAUGAAUAACAAAAUUUAUUUAUUUGGAGGAUACGAUGGAUAAUAGUGGAGAAAUGAUGUAUUUAUGUACAACAUUACAGAGAAUCAAUGGGAAUAUAUUGUAAUUAAUAAUUAAGAUAAUUAAUCUAAUUUUCGUGGAUAAACUAAAGAGAAUAAUAAUUCAUAAUAAUAAUCAUCACCACCAAGACCUAGAUGUAGACAUUCAGCUAUAGCAUAUAAAAAUACUAUAGUAAUAUUUGGAGGAAAUGAUAGUGAGAAAUCAUAUAAUGAUGUUUAUAUGCUGAAAUAAUAGUCAAUUAUUAAAUUAGCAGAUUCAACAUUGAAAUAAGAUUAUUCAAGCAUACUCUUUUCUCCAAUAUUAAGUGAUAUAACAUUUUAUAUUGAUAAUUAAGAAAUUUAUGCUCAUAAAAUUAUUUUAGCAUCUCGUUGUGAAUAUUUUAAGACACUAUUCUUAAAUGAAUAAUUCAAUUUAGGAGAUAAAUUAUCUAUCACUGAUACAACUAUAAAUGUUUUUAAGGGUAUUAAAUCAUUUAAAUUCAUUUUUUAGCUAUUUUAUAGUACAUUUACACAGAUGAAGUCUUUAUUGAUUCCCAUAUUGUUUAUGAUUUAUUAGCGUUAGCUGAUAAAUAUAUGUUAUAAAGACUUAAAAAUAUGUGUGAAGAUCAUUUAGUAUUUAUUUUAUUACUAUUUAUAUAGAUUAAAAAUAUCUCACUUAAAAAUGUCAUUGAUGUAGUUAAUUUGGCUGAUAAAUUCUCUGCAUAAGAAUUAAAAGCUAACGCCAUGAUCUUUUUGCUUGAUAAUAAAUAGAAAAUCCUCAAUACCCAAGAUAUCAAUAUGCUAUCUAAAGAGAUAUUAAUAGAAUUGUUAAAAUUUACUAAAUGAA